UAGGAAGUCAUGCCUCGACAGCCGUGUGUUAUAUCGACCGCUGGGAGCGUCCGUCAUAGGCCAUGGUGGUGACACUUCCUCUACCUGGCCUGACCCUGCUUCUGAGCCUCGCCGUCCCAAUGGACAAACGACUCUCCGCUUCCAGCUCCGUUCACGCUGUGACUUCCGCUAGUUCCCUUUGCAUCUCAUCUUACUUCCUCUCCAUGUCGACUCGGAACAUCUCGAGCUCCACACCUGUUUAACACCACCAUGAUACACAAAAGACCUUCGUCGUCACAUGUGUUGGUAUCGCUCACAUGAUGUACCACCAUCGUUACUCUGCUCCCAGGGGCCCCCGUCUCUCGCCUUCUCGCCCUCUUGCUCAAUUCACUCAAUGGCCUGAGUCUGGCCGCAGCCGAGUCAUUAUAAACUCGUCGAGAGGUCCCCCGCUUUCGUCCUCUUCUCAUAUCGCCAGAAGAAGGGAAAGAGGGGAACGCAGCAUAGCGAAUCAAGAGAAACACCCCGAGAGAACAAGCUCUGUCCAACCCUUCAGCUGAUCUUUGGUCCAACACCUGCGCCUUCUUUUCGCGUAUUCAUUCCAGAGAAGCAUUGGUGACGUGAAUUUCUGUUGCUGCUCCCUUGCGCUGCUUUUUUUUUUUUUGUGCUGUGCCGCAGUUGAAUUGCAAAGUGGAAAGCCAUCCCAGGAAUUCGGUGUGAAUAUUCCACUCUUGAAAACAAUAGUCCAUUAGCCUUCGUAUAGUUGUCGGUGUCAGUGACAGACUCUACAUCCGUCCCAAGCGAUUGCGAUAUAUUACUC